AUGUUGCUGCUGGAUCCCGGAACCACUGCCCAUCAGGCCUCAACUCUGCAGCAGCCCAGCAUCUCUAGUGCAAAGAAACAGUUGCAUAAAGUCUCAGGGUACAACGUGACAGUCCUGGUGCGGGACACGUCCAGGCUGCCUGCCGACCACAAGGCAUCCAGAGUGGUGGUGGGGGACGUGCUGAACAAAGAGGACGUGAAGAAGGCAAUGGAGGGCCAGGACGCUGUCAUCAUCGUCCUGGGCACCAGAGAUGACCUCGGCCCGACCACCAUGAUGUCAGAGGGCACAAAGAACAUUAUUGAAGCCAUGAAGGCUCGCGGGAUCCGUAAAGUGAUUGGCUGCAUGUCAGCCUUCCUGCUGUGGGACCGCUCCAAGGUCCCACCCCGUCUGGUUCCUGUGACCGAGGACCAUGACAGGAUGUACACCGUUCUGAAGGCAUCAGGCUUGGACUACGUGGCAGUCAUGCCUCCUCACAUUGCAGGUGACCUUCCUCUGACGGAGCGUUACAUGACAGCAGAGAACAUGCUGAAGGGAAGAGCCAUCUCCAAACUCGACCUGGGGCAUUUCUUUGUUAAAUGUCUCGCGAGUACAGAGUGGGACGGCAAAACUGUGGGAGUGUGGGGAGAGUACAAGUAGUCUAGAAAAUCCAGAACAACGCACCACUGUGGCCUAACCUUCGCUAAAGUUCAAUUGCUUUUUGUCCCUAAUCACCAAAACAUCAUAAAGAAAAAUAUUUGCUAAUGCUAAGAAAUAAAUGAAGGGAAAAUGAAGGUGCUACAUUCUGUUUAGCUGUUUCACUGUCAGCAUUAAGAAUUAGCAGCUUUUUCUUGGUGUUGUUAUAUUUUAUACAAGCUCUAAUUUGAGCCUUGUCGUUUUGUCAUAAUGAUGCUGGAGAUAUUACAACAUGUACUUUUGGCAUAACAUUGAUCAUCAAUCAUCAUUGAUCAUUGCUGAUCAAUAGUAAAUCUAUUUUCAUAUUUAGAUGUAAAAAAAUAAACGACUUCUUGUAAGAGGUUAUGGUGUCAAUAUAAAGUGGUUAAAGUAAUUCCAGGAUAUAUGAUAUGAUAAGCAUUUGUUCACUACUGGUUCAUCAUCAUCAUUCAAGUUACAAAAAGAUGACCUACAUUAGACAUUUGGCCUUCUUCCGCUUCUGCCAAAUAAGUUACGAAGGUUUUUAUUACUUUUGGAUAAAUAUUUCACUUUGUUAUUUUACUACACAUUUAUAAGAUCAAAUAAUUAUUUUACAGAAAUGUUUAUUUGCUGCAUAACUAUAUUUGAUAUAUUUAAGAUGUUUAAUAAAGCGGUCACAUUUGUUUUACACGGAUCAAACCAAUAAAUGUUUUUUGAGUACAGGA